AUGGCCAGGAUCAAAGCUUGGCGACAGACUCCGUGUACCCGAUGGGUUGCCCAACAUUACCAAGACCACGCACAGCAACCUGCGAUUUUCAUGACACUCAAAGAGACCAACCCGGAAGCCUUACCAGUUCAUCUUCCACAAAUCGCCAUCCAGGUUUACAGCACCGUUCCCCUAAGCUUGGACUCUGAAGACGACUCGGAAGAUGUCUACACCUCUAUCUGUCGAUAUCUCUCUUCGCAGAUCUCUUCCUAUCCCUCCGAAACCCUCUCAUAUGAGAUCUAUGCCCCCCAGCCUAAUGUAUUCGCCUGUGUGGAGCAUCAAAGACGGGAAAUUCUUCACCGAAAGAAUAGUAUUCCCGGAGAAUAUUUCUUCCCUGGUAUCGCGAAAGUGGCACCCAACAACAAAAAUUGGCUUUUGCAGGGGUUUCUACUAGUGAUGACUUCCUAUAGCUUCCGCGAUACAUUCAUACCGCGAUAUGAAGCUGAAUCUGGUCCGCUGUGGGUAAAUUGUAAUCGGAGUUUUCCGCUUAGAGCGAAAGUCGAUCUUGCCUCUCGAAUUGAAUCCGCUACAACACGUGAAUUUAAUCCUUCGAUCAUCAGUGUUGAUUGCCAAGUACAAUCAGAGAGAGAAGAACUUAUUGUGCGAAAAUGCCGACAUGUGGAUAACAAUUGCCGAGAACUCUCCUCCCUAGUUAUCCGAAGUGGGAGCGAUGAUGUGGAUGACAAUUGCCGAGAACUCUCCUCCCUAGUUAUCCAAAGUGGGAGCGAUGUUGCGGGGCAUCAGUUCGAUUAUGGUCUAAAUGAAGAUGAGGGCGAUCCGUCCUUAUCCAACCAACCUCUAGCGCCGGAGAUGAUUGAAUUACUACAGAUCCAAGCUGAUUCGUUGGACCAUAACCAAUUUGAUAUAUCAGCACCCUCCGAUGGUGCUGUUGCUAUUAAGUCGAAUCAUAUAGCCACGACAGCAGAACUUGAUCUUCAGUAUAUUAUUUACAUCGCCUUCCCUUAUAAGCAGCUCGGAUUGGAGCUUAUGCCAAUCGCUAAGGCCUUUACUACUGCGAUUAUCGACAGCCUUGCACGGGGAAAGACGGUCAACUUCGAGUUCUUUUCAGGGGAUCAAUCCCUAGCUGCUACCCUAGCAUCGCACCGGGAUCUCAUCAACUCUCGCCCAGAGAUAGCCAUAGGAGCGCUUCAUCGAGGCAGCCGGAGUUUCCCGCAGAAGCGACAUGAGCCCGAGAUUGAAAUUCCAUCGGGAAGGGAGCCAUACCGUACCUUCUUUGUUAUCCUCGAUCUUCCGGAUUUCCUCACUGGGCCUGGUGUGCUUUUCUUUCUCACCGAUGGAAACGAAAUCACAGAUGAGGCAAUGCAGAGCAGAAUUUUUGGGUCUAUAGACCAACGUGGAGACUACGCGGUAUACCAGGUUUGGCGGAGCGCAGGAAUGUCUGAAGCAGCAGGAAGGUUGGCAAUGAUGCCUACAAAUCUAACUAGCUGGGGUUGA